AUGUUGUUUGUACUUCUCCGUGACCUGUUGGGCAACGUGAUGGAAACCGUGGAAGCUUCGAAGGUGGACCGCUUGCCAGUUCGCGGCUCUGCUUCGAAGGUGCUCGAGGACGUUGCUGUCCCAGAAGGCUACGUCCCGGGAAGCUUCCUGCAGAAGUUCAUCGAUGGGAACUUAGCAGAGGCGGUGGCGAUGGAUGCUGCGCCUGCAUCCAGUGCUGAUGCAUCGACUGCCGGUGGUGCCUCGGCUGAUGCCUCGGAAGCAGCUGAUGUAGCCUCGGCUGAUGGACCGAAAGCAGCCGAUGCAGCGCAUGAAGGUGGUGGUGGUGGCAGCGAGCUUCCUGCACCACCACCACCACCACCGCAUAUACCACCACCACCACCGCCACCGCCAGUACCAACUGCUGCAGUGAAGAUAAAGGUCAAGGCCAUGCCAAGACCUCGCCCUGCACACCCGAAAGGGCAGCCGCCGCCGAAGCAUGUGGACGUGGUCACAGUGGACGAUGAGAGCUGCAGCUCUCCCAGCUCGAGCUGGAAGACCCCUGCUGCAAUGGUGCAGCACGAUGCAGAUGGCUCCUGGCAGACCUGGCAGCAUGGCUGGAAGACCCCUGCUGCAAUGAUGCAGCACAAUGCUGAUGGCUCCUGGCAGACCUGGCAGCAUGGAGAUGCCAGUGACGGCCAGACCGCGUGGCAUGCAGAUGGCGCCAACUGGCAUGCAAGCAUGUCGCAGACGGUUGAGUCAGAUGGAUGGAGCGCGAUUCUAGGCUGCAUACUUUGUAUAUUUAAGUUUUUGCCACUAUAUAUUUUUUAUACAGCAGUCAUUUAG